CAAUUCGUACUUGUACGCUUCUCAUCCAUCAUAAGCCCACCAAACACCGUCAUAGCCGCAACCGCAAACAUGUCCCCCAAAUACCCUACCCUCACCCCCGACCAAAUCGCCCAAUUCCGGGAAGUCUUCGACCUCUUCGACAAGGACCACACCGGCGACAUCACCGCCGAGGAACUCGGCGUCGUCAUGCGCGAGCUGGGUCUCAACCCCUCCAAGUCCGAGCUCGAGGACCUGGUCAACGAGGCCGACAUGAACAAGGACGGGGUCAUCAACUUUGAGGAGUUCCUCAACCUCAUGUCGCAGUCCGUGAAGGAAACCGAUACCGAGAAGGAGCUGCUGGAGGCGUUCAAGGUGUUUGAUAAGGACGGGUCGGGCACCAUUUCGACUGAGGAGCUCAGGGCUGUCCUCAAAAGCCUGGGUGAGGAUAUGACGGAUGCGGAUGUGGAUGAGAUGAUUAAGUUGGCGGAUAAGAAUGGGGAUGGGCAGAUUGAUUAUACCGAAUUCGCCCAGAUCAUGAAAUAGGUGAGCUGAGGCCGUGACGGCGAUGCACCAAGCGGAUUGCAUUUUCGACUUGCCAAUGCCCGAUUAGCAGCAAGUCACGUACCAAAUUAGCGAACGAUAUCGAACACAAGAGCCGGCGCACACACUACGGGAAAACGACAGACAGCUUAGGAAUGGGUGGGUGGGA